AAAUAUUCAUUUUUAUAAAUAUAAAUUUUUUUACUAAUUAAAUCCAGUAUAUACAAAUGGUAAUUAAUUACUACUUAAAUCCAAUAUAUAAUAAAUGGUAACUAAUUUACUAAUAUAUAAUAAACGGUGACAUUUUAAAAGUACCAAUGUAUGGCCCCACUCGUUCUUUUCUCUUGGCCUUCCAAUCAAUCAUCCAGCCUUUUGUCCCAAAAAAAAAAAAAAAGAAAAAUAAAACACCAAUCAUCCAACCAACCGACGUGCUCCCAUCUCGGAUCCCCUUCCCGGAGUUCCCUCCCAUCCCUCCCCUUGCAAAUUUAGAUACUAUGGAGGACAGAAGUCAAGACGACGACAGGGACGCAUUGGCGGGGCUAAGCAACGCUCCUCCACCCCGCAAGUCACAUUCAUUAAGCCAGCAGCUGCGUGCAACCUCCGCCCAAAAACGCCACCACCAAAUACGCAAGCAUAGCCUCGACGACGUCAGCGUCUUCCCCAAGAGCGUUCAUAACAAUAAUAAUGUCGACUACUACGACUCUUCUGACGACGAUUUCUUUCCUUACUCCACCUCUAACAGCACCAUCACCACCACAACCACUAGUAAUGCUGUUGGCGUUGGUGAUCACGACGUGUACGUGGGCACCACUCACUCCCAGAGGCUGGACCAAAGCCUCUGCAUGGAGGCUGGUGAUGAUCCUGAUGGCAACAGAGAAUGCCAGCCGUUGGCCGAAUUUAUUGGCAGCGGCGGUGGCACUGGCAUCUUCAAGGUUCCAACUCGCGCAUCCGUCCAUCCUGGUCGUCCCCCCUGCUUGGAGCUGAGACCCCACCCUCUCAGGGAGACCCAGGUCGGCAGGUUCCUCAGGACCAUUGCCUGCACCAAUACCCAGCUGUGGGCUGGCCAGGAGGGCGGAGUCAGGGUCUGGAAUUUGAAGGGCGUCUUUGAACCUGGCUUUGGUAUUGGUGGCAGAGUCAUGAGGGGUGAUGAGGAUGCCGCCCCAUACUAUGAAUCCGCCAACACCUCUCCCACCCAUUGCCUCAUGGUUGAUACCGGCAAUUGCUUGAUUUGGACUGGCCAUAAGGAUGGUAAGAUCAGGUCUUGGAAGAUGGAUCAGUCUUUGGAUGCUUCUACUCCUUUUAAGGAAGGUCUUUCCUGGCAGGCCCACCGCGCUCCUGUUCUCGCCAUGGUUUUCACUGCUUACGGUGAUAUGUGGUCAGGUUCCGAGGGUGGUGUUAUUAAAAUCUGGCCAUGGGAAACUAUAGAAAAAUCUCUCUCUCUAAAACCAGAGGAAAGGCAUAUGGCAGCUUUACUGGUGGAGAGGUCAGGCAUUGACCUGAGGAGCCAAGUUACCGUGAAUGGCGUCUGUAGUAUAUCUUCUCAAGAUGUCAAGUAUUUGCUAUCUGAUAAUUUUAGGGCUAAAGUUUGGUGUGCCGGAUCUAUGUCCUUCUCCUUGUGGGAUGCUCGUACAAGAGAGCUUGUGAAAGUCUUUAAUGUAGAAGGUCAGAUGGAGAAUCGAGUUGACAUGUCAGCAGUGCAGCAAGAUCAAGCAGUAGAAGAUGAGAUGAAGGUAAAAUUUGUUUCAACAUCGAAAAAGGAGAAAUCCGGGGGCUUUUUACAACGGUCGCGUAAUGCUAUAAUGGGAGCUGCAGAUGCUGUUCGUCGGGUUGCAACAAGAGGGGCAGGGGCAUUUGUAGAAGAAUCCAAGAAGACAGAAGCGCUAGUGCUCACUGCGGAUGGCAUGAUAUGGAGUGGAUGCACAAAUGGUUUACUGGUUCAGUGGGAUGGAAAUGGUAACCGUGUGCAAGAUUUUAAUCACCAUUCUUCUGGUGUCCAAUGCUUUUGCACUAUCGGAACACGAAUAUAUGUAGGCUAUGUGAGUGGCAUGAUUCAGGUGUUGGAUCUUGAGGGAAAUCUGAUUGCAGGAUGGGUUGCACACAGUAGUCCAGUGAUAAAACUGGCGGUUGGAACUGGUUUUGUUUAUAGCUUGGCCACCCAUGGUGGUAUUCGCGGAUGGAACAUCAAAUCUCCAGGACCUACUGACAACUUGAUACGUACAGAAUUGGCUGCAAAAGAAAGUGUAUAUACCAAAAGUGACAAUGUUAGAAUUUUAGUAGGCACAUGGAAUGUUGGUCAAGGAAGAGCAUCUCAGGAUGCACUAAUAUCAUGGUUAGGCUCUGCUGUGCCGGAUGUUGGCAUUGUAGUUGUCGGGUUGCAAGAAGUAGAAAUGGGCGCAGGCUUUCUUGCAAUGUCUGCUGCAAAAGAAACUGUAGGGCUUGAAGGGAGUUCUGUUGGUAACUGGUGGCUUGAUAACAUAGGAAAGGCCUUAGAAGAAGGAAAAACUUUUGAACGUAUGGGUUCUAGGCAGCUCGCAGGCUUGCUCAUAUCUCUUUGGGUAAGAAAGAAUCUCAGAAAACAUGUCGGGGAUAUUGAUGCUGGAGCAGUUCCCUGUGGCUUUGGUCGUGCCAUUGGUAACAAGGGGGGUGUUGGUCUGAGAAUCCGAGUCUAUGAUCGGAUAAUGUGCUUUGUGAACUGUCAUUUGGCUGCACAUUUGGAAGCUGUCAAUCGCCGUAAUGCUGAUUUUGAUCACAUUUAUCGUAAUAUGGUCUUCAACCGGUCGUCUCUACUUAAUACAGCAGCUGGUAUGCUACCAUACCUGUUUUUGUCUUGCUCCCUUGCCUUCUCUGCCUAUUUAUUUUGGCUGCUUUAUUCUUCUGGCUUGCCAUGGGUCCUCUCUCUUGCAGCUGGUGUCUCAACUUCUGUUAACAUGGCUCGUGCUCCAAAUGCUGUCAGUAGCAACACUGAAGAUGUAAGGCCCGAAUUAGCAGAAGCAGAUAUGGUUGUUUUUCUCGGUGAUUUCAAUUAUCGGCUUUUUGGUAUAUCUUAUGAUGAAGCAAGGGACUUCGUUUCGCAAAGAUGCUUUGAUUGGCUCAGAGAAAAAGAUCAGCUCAGAGCAGAGAUGAAAGCCGGGAAAGUUUUCCAAGGGAUGCGUGAGGCACUCAUCAGAUUCCCUCCAACAUACAAGUUUGAAAAGCACCAAGCAGGCUUAGCAGGAUAUGAUUCUGGUGAGAAGAAACGUAUUCCUGCAUGGUGUGAUAGAAUAAUAUAUCGUGACAAUCGGCCAUCACCAGUUGCCGAGUGCAGUUUAGAGUGCCCUGUAGUCUCGUCAAUUAUACAGUAUGAGGCAUGCAUGGAUGUGACUGACAGUGAUCACAAACCUGUCCGGUGUAAACUAAGUUUACAAAUUGCUCACGUUGAUAGAUCAGUAAGGAGAAAGGAGUUUGGAGAAAUUAUAAAGUCCAAUCAGAAUAUCAGGUCUAUGCUUGAAGAAUCAAAUUAUGUUCCAGAAACUAUUUUGAACACCAACAACAUAAUCCUUCAAAAUCAGGACACGUCCAUUUUGCGUAUCACUAAUAAAUGUGUAAAGGAUACGGCCGUAUUUAAAAUCAUCUGUGAAGGUCAGUCCACUGUCAAGGAGGAUGGGGAAGAGCCUGACUAUCGCCCGAGAGGUGCCCAUGGGUUUCCUCGAUGGCUUGAGAUCACACCAGCAACGGGCAUGAUCAAACCUGAAGAGUCUGUGGAGGUCUCAGUUCAUCAUGAAGAGUUUCAUACCUUGGAAGAAUUUGUUGAUGGCAUCCCUCAAAAUUGGUGGUGCGAAGACACCCGCGACAAGGAAGUGAUUUUAAUGUUGAGUGUCCAAGGUAGUUGCUCAGCUCAAACAUAUAGUCACAGAGUUCGUGUACGGCAUUGCUUCUCAGCCAAGACAGUCCGCAUGGACUCAAAAUCCAACAGCUCUAGGAAAGGCCAGGGAAGUCCAGUUCACAGGUCUGAAGUUCGGCAACUUAACAUACCAAGCCAAAUCAACUUGAAAUAAUUCUUAAAACUAAACUAGUAUCAAAUACUGGAUAGCAUGAAGCAAUUUAUAGACACAUGGAUAUCGCCUGGUAAGAGUGAAGACGGAUUUGAUGUUAUUACCAAGUGCCUUUCUUUUUCCAGUUAGAACUCUAGUCUAGAACAAAAGUUGGUGUAAAUACUCUCCGUGAACCUGUUUAUGACUUAAAAGACAGUUUAGCAUCA